GGCGGUGCCUCCCGCGCGCGCCAAGCCCCGCCUACGCGCAGGCAGCGCCUCUCCCGAUUGGGCAGCGCCUCCACGUCGUCGGGGCGGGGCGAGCGUUGUCGCGUCCAGGUGACGUCUCCCGCGGGCGUCGGGCGGGGUCGUCGGCGUCGGCAGCAGUGUCGGCGGUGGCGGCCGGUGGGAAAUGGCGGAGUACUUGGCCUCCAUCUUCGGCACCGAGAAAGACAAAGUCAACUGUUCAUUUUAUUUCAAGAUCGGAGCGUGUCGCCAUGGAGACAGAUGCUCUCGGCUGCACAACAAACCGACCUUUAGCCAGACCAUUGCCCUCUUGAACAUUUACCGUAACCCUCAAAACUCUUCCCAGUCUGCUGACGGUUUGCGCUGUGCCGUGAGCGACGUGGAGAUGCAGGAGCACUAUGAUGAGUUCUUUGAGGAGGUUUUCACGGAGAUGGAGGAGAAGUACGGGGAGGUGGAGGAGAUGAACGUCUGUGACAACCUUGGAGACCACCUCGUGGGGAAUGUGUACGUCAAGUUUCGCCGUGAAGAGGAUGCGGAAAAGGCUGUGAUUGACUUGAACAACCGCUGGUUUAACGGGCAGCCCAUCCACGCCGAGCUCUCCCCCGUGACCGACUUCAGAGAAGCCUGCUGCCGGCAGUACGAGAUGGGAGAGUGCACGCGAGGAGGCUUCUGCAACUUCAUGCAUCUGAAGCCCAUUUCUCGGGAGCUGCGGCGGGAGUUGUACGGGCGCCGUCGCAAGAAGCAUAGGUCAAGGUCCCGGUCCCGGGAGCGUCGCUCUCGGUCGAGAGACCGUGGUCGAGGCGGCGGCGGCGGCGGCGGCGGGGGACGGGAGCGCGACAGGAGGCGGUCGAGAGAUCGGGAGAGAUCGGGGCGGUUCUGAGCCAUGCCGUUUUUACGUAUGUCUGCUAGAAAGUGUUGUAGUCGAUUGACCAAACCAGUUCAUAAUGGGAAUUUUUUUUAAAAAACAACAAAAAAAAACAAAGAUGGGUUUCUGAAUAAAAUUUGUAGUGAUACAGUG